UUGGUCUCUUGUCCUCUCUCAUAGAAUUGAUGAGAUGUCCCCCCUGUAUGAUCUUGCUCCAAGAGACAUUCUGUCCAAACAGUUCGAAAUCAUUGUUACGCUGGACGGAACCACUCAGGAAACCGGAAACCAAAUUCAGGUUCGAAGUUCCUACCUCCCCAACGAGAUAUUGUGGGGGUACAGGUUUGAGCACACCUGUGUAGCGUACGACAAGGAGGAGACCAAGUACUCUGUAUCCUACACUAUGCUCAACAAGUUUGUGGCAGACCGUACACCAAGAUUCAGUGCUAAGGAAAUAGAUCUGCGAAGACAGAAACGAAGUUGUUUCUCCAACUAUAGUUCUAUAUCAGAGGAUAUUCACUAGUAUAACCACUUUAUAUAUAUAAAUAUAUAGUUGAAAUAAAAAGUUUAUUAGAGUA